UGUACGCACGCAUCUCGCGGCGUCGUGGUGGUCAUUUGUCCAUUAAACCCAUUGAAGGGCCGCAUCGCGCGAUUCUAGGUUGCCGAAAGAUGAGACGUUGUUACGCGUUUCUGGCUCUGGUGGCAAUGGCCUCGGCAAGGUCGGCCGAGACCAACCCGACGAGCAACUCCAUUAACGAGGAGGCGAGGUCCGUCAGCGGCAACGUGUUCGGGGACCUGCGGCAGAUGUACCAGAUCUACAAGGAGUGCGCGGACGAGGAGCUUAGUCCCUGUCUGAAAGUGAGACUGCUGUCGGCCAUCGACAGGGUGUCCCGAAGUUCGCAGUUGAACGUGGCGGACGGGGUCACGUUCGUGCAGGACGACCCCGUCUCUGAUGCGGAGGCACCCAAGUCGUUCCAGGAGAUCGAAGCGAAUCUCCCGCGAGCGCUGGACGACAAGGAGGACGCGUUGAACACCAUGAUCUACGACAAGAUCGUGAAGUUCUUCCAGAGUCACACGCUGAAGCUGAAGCUGCCGAACGUCGAGGAGCUGCAACGCAGUCUGGUGGAGGAAGGUCGCAAGAAGAAGAAGAACAUGAGCGGCCUGCUCGCUAUUCCUCUGCUGAUCGGAGGUACCCUGGUGCCCUUAGCCCUGGGAGCGUUGGCGCUUCUAGCUGGAAAGGCGUUGAUCGUCAGUAAAUUGGCGCUGGUGCUGGCUUCCAUCAUCGGUCUGAAGAAGCUGGUGUCCGGCAGCGGNGGGGGACACGAGGUCGUCCAGGUCGCCGGCGGGCACGGAUCGAGCGGGUGGGCGAGAUCGAGUCACGACCUCGCCUAUUCGGCUUACAAGCCGGCGUCUACCUAGAGAAACAAAGGCACGUUUCAAUCUCAUUAGACUUCGCUUUCACGAAGCGUCGGGCGUCGCUUUCCUCCUCGAUCGUCUUCAUCCUCCCUUUCGACGCCCGGCUCUCUCGCUCGAUAUCAUCCUCAGUAUUUAUUGUUCAGCGCCCAGCUGC